AUGUACAUAGAUCAGAGCACUUCGUCUUAUAACAGUAAUAGUACCAAUGCAACAUCAAUGACAAGUACUGCUAUGACAAUUACUUCAACAGCCACUACCACAACGAUCUCAGGCAGUAAGUUCAAUGUAUACAAAAAGAAGACUGCUAUCUUGAGGAGUACGGCUGUAGAUGUCUAUAUCGAUGAACAUGAGACCCA